AUGGCGGAUGAUGCGGGAAAUGCAGAGAUUGCAGGCUCAACCGUCACAGUGCACACCUUGGCCGAUGCUAUGGGCGUUCCUCAGCCUCAGGUUAUGGUGAUAGACAGAGUCUAUGAGGAGGAGAAAGAAGAACAUCCCCCUAGCACAACAGAAGAUCUCUGGGUCAGUUCAGCAGACGGCCGAUAUUGCUCUGCGCCUGUACCAAUACGAGUUGGUCCUUUGAACAACAUGCAAACCUUCUACGUUCACAAAGACAUACUUGUCCAGGCAGAGUGGUUCCAAAAAGCCUUAUGCGGAAACUUCAGAGAAGCAAGUGAGCAAUUCAUUGAUCUGCCAGAGGAGGAUCCGGCUAUUUUUCAUUUUCUUGUUGCAUUUCUAUACGAGGGUUGCUAUGAACCUAUCAAGCCAGCAGCGAGCGUUUUAGAACCAGAAGUCGACAAAGGAAAGGGUAUUGAAGUUGACCCAGAGCCAGCAGAGGCUUCUGACUCGAGCUCGUCAAGUAGCAGUAGCAGUUCUGGGAGCUCGGGUGCCUCAUGGAGACGCCGGCGUCGGGCUCGACAAACGAGACAUGCUGAGGCGGAAGAAACCCUGGAGAAGCAUCCGGGACAUCAUCGACCGGGUUGCUCGUGUCCUCGAUGCCUCGCUCGGCGUGACUUUUCGAGGUGCUGGCAGUGCGGGGCUCAGCGAUCCCGCGAAGGCAAUCCUCCUGUGCCUGUGCCUUAUGGUCGAGGGGCUCCUAGAAGAGGGAUCCAUCCUCCAGGUGUUUUCCCUCCUCCUGUCAGCAUUCCGAUGCCUCCUCAGCAGAGCCUACCGGAGCGUAUCACGGGAGAGGAUCUUCGGACCUGGUUCCUGGCGUAUGAGCUCAACCUCGACGUUUAUAUUUGCGCGACACGUUAUCUUAUGGACGACUUUCGAAAGGCAGUGAUGCGGUCGUGUGUUGAUAUGCUCGAGACAGCAGGCUGGGAUGCUGCACAGCCAAAGAUGAUGCAUCUUUGCAGAAAACUUUAUCACAACGUGCCAGAAGUCGAUGACUUGCUCAAGAUGGUCAUGGCACGCGUUGGGUUCCUUCAGCCACUUCUCUGGAAGCGCGCGCCUGUAGAGACAAGUGAGUUCUUGGUGAGCAACCCAGAGCUCGCUGCUACCAUUCUACGAGAGACAGUCAUGAGGCAUUCGCAGCCAGCGGCGGAUUUGCCAUCGAUGGAGCAUGUUCAUACUACGGCUUAUGAAGAUGAGUGGCAGAACUUGGGUCGUGCACCUGCGCGAACACGAGCCUAUCACUAG